AUGAAGUUCAAGGAAAAUACCGCAAUGAACGAGCAAUACAAAAAGUCGUUGUUUCACGUAAACGGCGGUGUCUCAACAGGUGAGCCACUGUUAAAAACAACAGUUGAAUUAGCAUUGCAAACAAAGUCUACAAACUAGUAACAAACAUGUUAGAAGUUCACAACACUGUAAUUUUAGUUGCUGAGACAACUCCACAUGCGGUGAGUAAUCUCUUAAGGAACGUUAUUAAGAGCGCGAACGCCGUUGAAUCGAGCAGAAUUUAAAAGCAGGAAGACAGAAGUCAAGCUGCAUAUGUCUUGAUCCUACGGUCAUUUAUCAACAAAUUCAUUGUGAAGACGCAAGUUGGGUUUUUGAAGUAGCCGAACAUGCUAACAAGUUAAAUGUGGCCCAAACUUUUUCAGUUGUUUCCUAAUUCAAAUUUUUUCCUAUGGGAAGCACAUUUUUGUCCUAUGGGUAACCAUUUUAGCUUCAUAUGGAAACCUAAGUCAGCCAUUGUUUUCCUAUGGUCGUGAACCAACACUACUCAGCGGGAAUAGCCAAGGGAGCAUAAAACACCGCUUAUUACUUUAAAUAACAAAAGAAAAUGCCUGCUAAAAGAGGUGUAGCGGUUCAUUCUCAAUCUGCAGGACAUUUAGAUUGUUCAGAGUAGUAAUUACUACGAACCAGAAAAUAGUGAACACAUUGUUUCAACUGAAGCCGUCGUUUGUCAAGAUUUUUGCAGGUUUCAAGUAAGUCUAGAUCUUGUAGUUUGUAUAACUGGAUUCUUCAAAGCUGUGCACUUCAACAAACGAAUCUUGUUCUCUGACCAUGAUAUCUGAUCCUUUCUCGACGGAGACUGUGAAGAAACAACAGCCACAUAAAAUAAGUAUGCUGCCACAGCAAAUUUGUGAACGUUUUUCUGCUCAAUUAUACUGUCAAUCCACUGUUUAUCAUAAUAAGUAACAAAAUUAAAUUUUUCACAGUUGCUUUUAACAUAAUUAACGAUAAAGUUCUUUGUUGAGAGUUAAUUGUCACUCUUUAGUUGAUCAGCUCUACCAAAUCGAUUUCUCAUUUUGAGUUAAUUGUUUUUUGGGCGUUGUCACUGUACGAAAAAUUCCGCGCCUUGAGAGAAGAUCACCUUAACAUCGCUUUCGUCUCCAAGCCAUAUUUUCUGCCUUAAUCAGUAAAUUGUGAAACAAUUUAAGGACAAGGUUACGUCUGUUUUCGGUGCUGUUUAGAACGUUGAGUUAAUGUUUAAAACAGUAACAGAUAUACUUAAUAUAUCAUUUAAGAAAACAAACUUCAUAUACAAUGUAAUUGGCACUUUCCAGCCUGAAAAAGCGUUCAUCUUACCAGGUAAUUUACAUGCAUAUCCUGUGUAUAGACGUACAUUACACUAUACACUUACUAGGGCUCCGGAAACAACUCAUCCAGAGCUAGAGGAUGACAAACGAAUUGGAAGAAAUUUGUCAUUUCAACCUAUUCAGUUUUUUUGGCAUCAUGAAUGAGAUGCACUUUGCUCCAAGAGAAAGUCACCAGCAAAUAAAAAGCUGAACCUCUUUAUCUUAUCUGCGCAUCCUUGGUUUACAGUUUCUGUCCUAGUUAACACGCACUGCCAAGUACUAACUCGCCGGUAGUAAGCGUUUCCACGCGAAAUAUAGCUGCUUCACAAAAACAUCUUGGAGAUACUCAAUGCGGUCUCACCGGGCGAAUUUUUUUUUUUGUUCUCUUGCACAUGACAGAACACUUUUCUCAAGGUUCGAAAACUGUUUUUUUUUUCUUGAUAGAAGUCUAUUGUUAUAAUAGUUACUACACUAAUUCCAGUGACUCUGAAUAUCCCGCGAAAAGAUUCAGUUAUACCAUUAAAAUACUGCUUUUUUGGCGCAAUUUUAUUUAUUUUAAACUCAUCUUUUUCCCUGUUUUUUCAAUCUCGGCUGUGAGCAAAAAAAAACAGAGUAAUUUAUAAACAGUCUAGCGUUCUUAGCACAAGUGAAACCGUGGCUCGGCAUUCAAAAGUUUGGUCCUCUGCGUGGUUUGCUCAGUGUUAAGAUAUUACUGUUGUGCAGGUAUGACGUAAGCUUACAGCAAUGCGUUCUUGUGCAACAUCAUCUAAUAUGGAUUAGAGUGAUUUUACUUGGCCCUUGAAACAGAAAAUAACAACUAAUGCAACCGAAUGGCUACAAGUAAACCAAAGGGGGAUGGAGCUAGUACAUAAUAGCGCGUAAUAUUCUACUACGUUAAGUAAAAUCACCCUUUUUUUUAUAAAAUAACAAUUCAUAUUUAAUAUGGCACACACUUUAAAGUCUAUAUACCAUAGAGGUCAUAGAGUUAGAACGUAAUAUCGCACGUGUUCCAGCACCUGUCUUGUUAAUCCUUGUUUUAUCACACUGACAAAAAGCUUAUUUUUUCCACUGAACAUUCAGUAAAACGCCGACACUAAAAACUGCCCAAGUGUGACAUACAAUGAUUUUACUGAACAUCUUACAAUGUCUUCGUUCUUAAGCAGUCUACUAUCAAAAAAUAAAAUCUCUAGUUACUAGAAGUAAGAGUUUCUUCUGAAGAAAUAUAGUUUAAAAACUACUUUUUAAAACUAGAAUGGGGCCAACUUAACGGAAUGUUCUUUAAGAGCGUUCAACUUAAACAUUAGUAAAGGUCCCUUUCAUUUUCUCUUCGUUGUUAUUCAAUAACAGCAUCGUUUUCAAUACCCAGAAUGAGCUCAAGUCACUGUACUGUUAGCUUGCGUAGCAGGCGCCAGUUUUUUUUUUUUUUUUAGGCCGCGCGAGGGGAACACGCAAAGGGGAAAAAAGGAAAGGGAAGGGCCUCCUGUUCUUUUCUCCCCUCGCGCGUCCUCGAGAUUUCUUCCUUCGCCCUAAAAAGUAAACCGGCGCUUGCUACGCAGGCUACUGUACUGUACACAUGGAAACAAGACAUGACUACAUAAAAUGCAGGUAUUUUAUGGCAGUGGUUUUCCAACAGAGAGAAAACUCAAAGUCAUUAAAAGGAUAAUCAUAUACGUCAAAGACGAGCAAAGUUUGCUUGCUAUGGCUACAAGAUCUCCCAUGCACCUUACACCUUGCACCUAUCUCGUAGUCAUGGUGACCGUUGGGGCGCCACGGACCCAGCAACCCUUUCCCUCCAUUUCAUUUUGUUUUCAGAUUCUCCUAGGGCGUAGCAAAAUCUCAUCCUGUCUAAUAAAAGAUAUUAUUCUCCCAAACAGCUUCUAUAUAACUUGGCAAACGCGGACAUGAUCUAGCUAUUACGUACUGACAACGCGCAAUUAAACUUGAAUUAAAUCUUUGGUUCCUUUAACUAUAGACUAUUACACUGGUUGUUAAGAUACAAUUAUUUUGAUUGCUUGAUUAAGGUUAAAAUGUUACGCUUUAGAAUUCUCAAUGAACCAUGCAGUAUUUUCGCCAGAAGUAUAUUGUUAUCAGGCAAGACCUUGAUCUACUCUGGCUCGAAAGCACUUACAUUGUACACACACUACGCCGGGUUAAAAUCGAUGCGAUGAAAGUUACUUUAUGCGGGUUUUGUUGUAUUUCACAGAGUGAUUUAUUCAACAACAAAAAAUUCAAAUAGCUUAAAGAGAAUUUGAAUGGUAUUAGAGACGGAAGACAGAAGGCAUAGAAUGCAAGCUAAGGAGGGUUACAUGUCUCGACAAGGAGCCUAAUGAGAUUGCCUGUAUAGCGUGUCGCCUAGUUCGUUCCUUUUAAGGAAGAAUUAAAAGGAAGAAUUAAAAUUCUUAAGUGUAAAACUAAACCAGCAGAAGCGGCGGAGCGUUUUGAAACGUGGGGAAGGGGGAGGGCUUACCUUCCACUCAGCCAUACCUACUCAAAUUUUCCGAAAUAUCCUUUGCGUUGUUCGUUGGCACAAGCAAAAUUAUCUUCACAGGUUCUCAGUGUGUCUGUAAUCAAUUUUUAACAAUGCAUCAGUAGGCAGUUGUUCAGGCGGUCUUGCUUAAUCGUUCUUCUUAGGUCGUUCUUGAGUCUGUCCCUCAAAAUUUUUGUUUAUUGAGAGAAUAUGCUUUUAAUAUCUUUAUUUUUACACACCCAGACACGACAGACACAAUAGGUUUUAACGCCUUUUCUAUAGAGAUUACUUCCGGACAGGAUUAUCGUUAUAUGUGUUAGACUGUUACAUUGCUUGUGGCUCAGUACCACGCUAUUUUUAGUGGAAAAAAAAUUUCCUUGCUGCAAAUUUCUGACUGUUUACUUUGGGAAUAUUUUGAAACUGUAGCACUGACGCAGCAGGGGCGUGGCAAUAAGACCAUCUCUCGUGAUUCGAUCUUGGUCGCCUUUCCUUCCUACGGUAAGCGGGGGAGGCGACCAUCGUAUGUCCGUAAGGACGCGAGGUGGGGAAAGUUAGAGGAAAGCUAAAACCUGACGUUGGCAAAUACCUGAGAAAAAAAAAUUCUUAAUUCCUCAAGUAGAAUUUACCCAUUUUGAGGAACUUUUAGUAUAAGAAAAUGAGUAAAAUGAAUGUUGCUCAUCGCGUUUCAGCGCAAUUAUUGUUUAUAACAAUUAGGUUUGAGUCAAGAAAUCUUUUCACAAUAAUAUAUUGAGAAUGUUAGAAAUGGAUAGAUACAGCCAGGAAAGAAAAGGCUACAGGUAGAUCGCCGGGUAGGCGCGCGCGUGGAGUGUAUUGAUCUGCUUCCGGCGUCGGCAAACCCGUCUCAACUUUUUAUUUUUUAUGAACAUUAUUACCAAGUCGUAAUCCACUGACCUAGAAAGUUCAGUUGCCGGAUGGAAUUGAUGGGUGUAACAAAUAACUCUGAUUAUUGUAUAAAGCCAUUUAAUUGUUGAAUUUGAUCUACUAUUGAACUUUCAAAGUAUAUAAAAGAAAUUAAUGAGCCCCCCUCCCAUUACUGCUAGGGGCGGGUCCUCUUGUUGAACCCCGUCCGCAGUUCUCGCGUGUGAGGAGACGCUAACGAAGAGAGGGGGCGUUAUUAAGUUUCUUUUAACACAUCGCAAAUGUUAUUGCUAAUCAGUUAUCUCAUUUCUAUGUAAAUUGUAUAUAUGAAAAAGGUCCGACUUAGUAUUAUAGUUGUAUUUAUCGGACACACAUAAGACACCGUUUCUGAAUACAUGAUCAGAAUUCACGAUUAAGCGGAUAGCUGUGAUAUCAAGGUACAAAGAUUGUUUCAGAAUAAUGAAAAUCAACAAUCAUGUAAACAUUUUCUUCAGUAAUUAAUAAGUCCUGACUCCUGAUUAAAAAAGAGUUUCUUCAUUACUGAUCGUUCAAUUAAUCAUUGGAUCUAAGAAUAAUCCAUAUUUUCAGUUUGACUAAAAGCUGUUCGCCUGUUCUGUCGCUCACAGCCACACUCCAUUGUGGCCAUUAAAACACGAUAACUUGUUUUUAAGAAAAUGAAAUAUCUAUCCUUAUAACCGAGAAAAGCUAACAUUGAAACUCCUGUACUAUUCUUUCGAAGCAGGUUUCAGACUACGGUAAAAUUGAUAAAUGCUAAUAAACUUUUGAAGUUAGGAGGCGCGUCUAGUCUGAAGAACAGGAAAAACAGGAACCGACUUGAAAGUAAUUGAUUUGCAAUUCGUGGGCUGAGAGGAUAUCGGCUUUAGCUUCGGAACCAGUCUAAAAACGUGGAAACUCAUAAAAAAGAAUUAAAAAAUAUGUGGGUGGGUGGAAUGCUCUGAUUGUUUCCAAUCGAAAAGAGAUAAAGAAAUAGCUUAACUAGCCAAGGCCGGUGAUUCCUGUCUUGGUACUUAAAACUGUGAUUUUAGUACAGCAUUUCAUGGAGUCUGGAGUAUUUUGAAUCUGAUUUGUGUUGCUUUUAUAACGAAGUUACAUAAAUUGGAUUUCGCUUCUUGCACAGUUCCUUUUGUAGAACCGCAUGGAAGUAUUUGUUUACUCAGAACUCAUAUAAAUUGGGGAAUGAUUUCCGAUGCUGGCCAUGUCUCAGUUUGGCUUUAAACCGCAACAAUUUUGAUGUAACAUCGAUCGUUAAAGAAACCAGAUCGCUUCAUAAGUCAGUCCAGUGUAUUUUAAUUUGCUGUCAUAUUGCGAAUUCUUCUGUUUGGUGUUGGUGCCUUUUUGUCCUAAUAUCGGAUCAGCCACCGUCUUUUUAUCAGUCUUAACUUCCUGCCCUCUGUAACGUUCACACUGAGCAAGAAAUUACGAUCUAUCAAGAAAGGCUUAAGGAUCUCCUUCCCCGCGCAAUUAUUUUCGCCUCAAGAAAACCUCAAGAUUAACCAGAAGCGUGACUCCUUCAGGAAGGAGAGAAAACAGCACAAAAAAUUCCGAAAAUAUACUCACGUUAUUAGACAAGUAGGUGCCAAAUUGAAGACUUCAAACCUACCGAAGGUGACUAUCGGGGCUCCAAAUCAGUAUAUAAACCUGUAUUAACUUUAACUUGAUUAUAAUCUUCAAAAGGUUAGGUCACUCAUAUUUAGAAGCCUUUUCUAUUUUGUUUUUACUUGUAUAAGGCAGCCCUUCAGUGGUGUCGUGCAGUAAUUAGGUCAUAUGCUCUGGAAACUUAACAGUUCUAGGAUUGAAUAUGUACUGGAAAGUGUACACCAAGAAACUGAGUCGUUUGAAUGAACAGGCUUAUACGUAAGAUAAAAUUACGUUACGCUACCCAGGUUUUGCUUCUGUUGCUCGAAAAAGAAGUUAUUUCGCGUGUAGUUUAUAGAGAUGAAGAUAGGUUUGCUAGUUUAAUUUUUUCCACUUAUAAAUUGCACUUUAAGUUGCUGUGAGUGCUGAAGAGUUAGUUUGUUCUUUAAAACAUCUUCAUGUUGAAAAGUUACUUCAGACUGUCUUUAUAUUUGAUCUAUCUGUUAAGCGGGGCUUGACCUCGCUUUGUUUUAAAUGCUAUAUUUAGUUGUUAAAUAGUAGUUUACACAGUAGACUGUACUUGAAAGGUGGCUUUUCAAACGCAGCAUGGUUGUUUUUAAGAACAGCUUUAACACUAUGAACUGUUUAAAGACUGUCAGAUCAAAUUAUCAUCAUGUACAUUCAGGUACAUAAGUGCACUCACUUCAAGUUAUCUAGAUACCCGCACUUGUAAUAAAACUGGAAUGAAGAUUCGUUAAGAACACAGGCAAACAAAACCUUAGACUCGAGGCGACGUUAAUCAGGUCAUUAAAAAUACCCCAUUGCCAGAAAUCAAAACAUUAUUAAGAGGAAAAAACAACAAUAAUAUUUGCUUAUUGACUUCGGUGACAAUCAGAUGUUGAAUGCUAUUUCUGGUUCAAUGAUCAAAUGUCGUGACAUCUCGAGAAUAAGUGUGCAACGUAUUAAGGAUUUACGGGAGAGAUCAAGAGAUUUUUUGUUACUAGCCGUAAAUAAACUAAGUAGACUAAAUAUGAGACAGCAACCAGUCUACUUUCUUGAACCAAAGUAUAACUAUAACUCUUUCCAGUGGAGAAAAUCAUGGACGAAGCAAAACCUUACAAUGGUGCAGUUAAGUGUUCAGCAGUUCGUACGGCUUUGGGCGGUAUUUCGCCUCGCUGGUUUUUCUGCGACGACUCGUUCCAAGACAUUCUGUUAUUAGCUGUCAACGAAAGCUUUUUGUAACCACUUUUGGUUCUUUUCAGUGAAGAAAAUCACAUAGAAGUCUAACAACACUAUAAAAUGGGAUUUAUGCUUCCAAAGUUUUUUGGAAUUCGUCUGUGGUUGACUAAAAAUCCAACAAACUGCUGGCAAUUAAGCCGGUUUCUAAACUUCCGUGCAUGGAUUUCCUGCAUGAUCUUUCAAUGUAUUUUCGCCUCCGAUUAAAAAGCUAAUCUUAACGCUGCUUUCAUCAAAGGAUCACCCAAUCACCUCAGGGCUAAAAAAUGGAAAGGCAUCGCUGUGUACAAAUCUGCUAUCGGCUAAGGAUUUACGCGAGGAUUUACAAAUCUUCCAUCGGCUCUCCAUGAUUUCUGCAUUUUGCGCGGAUUCUCUUGGGUGAUGCCUCUUGGACAUCAGUCUUGUGUGUUAGCCGCGCAAUAUCUAACCCGAUCCAUCUCAGUGGAGUUUUGUGGUUACCGUAUUUAUUCGAAUAAGCGCCCAACCUCGAAUUAGCGCCCACCUCGAAUAAGCACCCAUCCUAAAGGCAGAAAAAGUUAAUAAGCGCCCACCCCCUUUCCCCUCACACCCCCCCCCCCAAAAAUUGAAUACGUACUAAUAAGAGACUUCCCCGAAGACGGAGUUUUCUUCAGAGUAUCUCCUUACAGACACCUUGCUUUGUUACAUCUUCGCGUUUUGUUUUUACUAUUUAUUGUUUUGUUGCAAAAUAAACAUACUACACUUGCUGAAAAUGUUAAAAAUUUAAUGAGCGCCCAGCCUCGAAUCAGCACCCACCUCGAAUAAGCGCCCACUCUCAAGGUCCGCAAAUUUAAUAAGCGCCCAAGGCUGUUAAUCGAAUAAAUACGGUAUGUCACCUGCAGGUUUACUAAUGCAGUUGUUAAGUGGUUUUAUUUGUUUCCAAUUAACAACUAGUACUUGUUUAAGUAAAUCCCUGCUUCCUUCUCGUUGCAUUGAGGCCUUCUGUUGCCAUAUGCGGUUUGUUUCUUUUCUUCCUCUAUUUUCUCAUUUGUUUCGCAGUUUUUGCGUUAUUUAAAAAAGCUGUAAUAUGUCUUCUGAUAUUGUGAGGCGAACUUCAAUUUUCCGAACAGCAAAGUUGCCUUUCUUUAAGAUAUCGCAUACAGAUUUUGCACUCGUGGAAAAACAAAUGUAAAAAAAACUGAAAACUAUCAGUGCUUGAGGAAGGAGGGGUACUUUCAUAUUCAUAUCAAAAUUUUGACAGAUAACCGCCCAGAUGAUACUGACGAUCAGUCCUUCUACUUGUCCCUUACGUCACUGGUUCUAAGUAGGUGGUUUAUAUUUUUCGUGCCACAUAAUUGUCAUACUCGUCGAGUAUUAACGGCGGUUUUUGCCUGACCCCCAGCGGAAACUUAAGGCAGGAUUGUUGAAAGCACUUUUACAAAAAUGCCCCGGAGCUUUCGAACACUUACAAGGGCGGGGCGGCGAGGAACACAAACGCGUAGUUAAUUACUCGUACAAGAUUUCCUAUAAAAUUGUUGUUACGCGAGACACAGAAACUCAGUAUUGACAUCUGCUUCUGCAGUAAACUACACAAACCAGUCCUGCUAAUCUACAAAUUCGUGACUUUCUUUUGGUCUCACAAGGAGCACGCUUGAGGUUUUUGCGUGAUUAACACCAUCGCGUAUAAGAGUCACCAGGUAUAUAUGUGUUAUACCACAGCAGUUAUUUUGACACUUGGCACUAAAGGGUCAGAUAGUGUAACCCAAGUCGAGAAGGCGCAGGCAAACACUUGAUAUGAAAGGCUGCCUCUGAUUUUAAUUAGCUUACCUUAUUUAUAAAUGUGUUCUGUUACUUGGCAGGUCCUGAAGUAAUCUCGCCGUUUAUUAAUCAGUUAUUAUUUACAAGAACGGACGGUGAACGUUUAGAGCGACAUGCAAGUUCUGUUUCGUACCACGACAAUCUUAUUCAUACUCUGCGCCUUAGCACAGAACCUACACGCAAUCCGUUGGCUGUGAGUAUUCCUAUUUAGCUGACCUUCUUGAUUUUUGUAAUUUUAUCGGUCGUACUAUUCGACAGUGCAAAGCAAGUAUCUGCUUUGAAACGCCACAGUAUCGCCAAAAGUAUGACUACUCUCUUUGUCCAACAGUGCCGUCAAGAUAAGUUCAGAGGACCACUGGAACAGAACUGACUGUGGCAAAAUACAUGGAUUCGCCGGACAUCAGUACAAAAUUUGUAGAAGAAGUCUUUCUGUCAUGAAGUACGUAUCUGAAGCGGUGGAAAUGACCAAGGCAGAAUGCCAGAACCAGUUUAAAAACAGACGAUGGAAUUGCUCGACAAUAUCAAGAGCCCCAUCGUUUUACAACGAUCUUAAGAGAGGUAGGUAAAUAGUUGCUAAUGAAUAUGCCGUUGUUAUUUCAAGUGCAUGUUAUAGUGGUAUUUCAUAGAAAUGGUUUAUUUCAUGCGUAUGAUUCUCCGAUAUUGGCCGUGCGGAAAGGUAAUGUACUCAUUCGGGUUGACAUAUGAUUGUUUGAAAAUCGUUUGGGACCGUACCUCGUUGAAACCUGAAAAUCGCUCGAGGCAAGAAAUCAAAUCCGCCUCCCCGCAUUGCCUUGUUAUCUUUAAUCUUGGUUUCGUGUUAGAGGUUAUUAAAAACUUUACUCAGAAGUAAUAAUGUAAAGACUCCGGAACAUUAUUUUGCCAAAGAAAUAUAGCGAGGUGUGUUUAUUAGUCAUGAGACAGGUUUUUAUACCCAGUAACCAAAUAUGUUCCCGUAAUAGCAACAAAUUGUUAGUAUUCAAUCUUUUGUUUCUAUUCCUUGCGGUCAUGAAGAAUUUUAAGCCUUUUGUUCUUGAGCUCAAAAAAAUGGUUUGUGAGUCAAGGUUGUAUUAUUUCUUGUAUCACCCAGACAAAAGAGAUGUCAUAAAUCAGCUCAAAUAAGAAAAAUUAUCAAGGUCUAAUUUCCACCAUAAAAAUAAACACGGGUGCGACAUAGGGCAUUUAUAAGCUGGAAUUACCCAGGCCAUCUUGUCUUUUUCAGACUAAUCAGACUAAAAUAUUUCAACCCUUUAAUCACUCUGAUGACUGGCCUGUAAAAAUACGUGAUCCACAUUUAAACGGAUUAUCCACAAUUAAAUUUAUACGGUUUGACACCAAACCCGCACUCUUUUAAAUUGUCGAUUGACGUGUUUUCCACCCUCUUAAAAACCCUCUGCUUCCUCAACAACCUUGGUUUUGAUCAGCAAAUUAUGUUUUUAGGUUCUUGUUUGAAUUUUUUACGCCACCACACCUUCAAAAAAAUAUUCAGUCCUGAAGUCUACUUAAUACAUAAUUUCAAGCCAUCUGUAAGCUCCUUUUCAUAGAACUACUCCUAUAAUUACCUAAAUUAUUAAUAUCCUCUGUAUUCUUAUAAUAUCAUAUAUAAACCCCUCAGUUUUAUAAAGAAGUGAAUUGGACGCAUCUAUGUUCCGCGGAGAUUUUCAAACUUCCAUCUGCAAAAACAUUUUACUAAUUUUGAAACUGAUCUUCUUCCACCACAAAACUAAUUUCCUCAAUAACGUAAAUAUUUUUAUGGUGCUGGGCGAAAAUGGCUACUAAGUAAACAAACUAACAAUAUAAAACACAGACACUCUAGAUAAUGAGUAAUUUACGCUCGUUAAAAUAUUAUCUCAAAACGUGGUGUACUGUUGUUUACACAGGAACAAAGGAAUCAGCAUAUGCUUAUGCACUUGCCUCUGCUGCAGUUGCUUACAGUGUUACUCAGGCAUGUAGUAUUGGAAGAUUGGAUGUUUGUGGCUGCGGCAGAACACCAAAGAUGAAACUAAAAAAUAAGAACUGGAUUUGGGGUGGUUGUAGUGAUAAUAUCGCGUACGGUACCAGGUUCAGUAAAAGAUUUGCAGAUGCUGUGGAGAAGAAGCGUAUGAAAGAUCCUAGGGCCACAAGUCGAGCGCUGAUGAACUUGCACAAUAACGAGGCUGGAAGAGAGGUAACAUUGUCUGUCUUUUAAAUUAAAUUUUGUAAAAAGUUUCUCAAUUGGUGUCGCUUGAACAAAAUGCUCAAAAGGAAAACUAAAUACUAUAGAACUGCCUAACUUUAGAGCUUAAGUCAGGCUAGAAACCGGAACUGAGAGCACUGAAGUUAAGGAAGUGUGGGAAAGUCAUUUUUUUUCUUGGGUUAAACUGAACAUUUGCUUCCGGGAUGUGGUGAUUAUUCCUUUCUCGACCUUUCAUUUAAGAGCGUCAUCUCUUGAAAGAUUCUGAGAGAGCUAUAGCUAACGAUAAUCGCUUCUCUUUGGCUCAAGAACACAGGCACUCCACAAGAAAGUAACUUCUCAAAAGAGCGUUGGUAUAAUAGGCUUUAAGUGACACUAAACUCGCAGCGGCUGAGACUUGAAAAAAAUGGUUAGAUGAGCCGAGUGAUGAUUCAUGCUGCGAAGAAGUCAUGUCUUAAAUAUAUAAUUUGAUGUCAAAAGCUUAUCUUACUGGGCCACUCAAGUGGCUACCUCCGGUUUUGAGAAAAGCGUCUUUUUUCGGAUCUGCUGUUUUCGGUUGCGCAGAACGUAUGCACCGGUUUUGCUAUAUAUAUCCCGGUCGGUUCCUUUCAUCUUCUGACUCUUUGAUAUUGUAGUUCAAAGUGUUGAAAGAAGUGAACAGUUACUUAAUGAAAUGUAUUCUCACUUCAGUAACGAGAAAUUGUACAAAGUAUCCAAAAAGUAAUUAUUAAAUAAACUAAUGUGAACUUUGGAUUGACUUGGGCCUCGGGUAUGAAAUGGUUUCGUCAUCGUGGGGUAUAGUUUCCUCUGAUUCAAUUAUUAGCACUUUUCGAAGGAGACAAAACUAUUACAUAUUAGCCAGAAGGAAAACAAAGAAAAAACACAACUACACGUUAAAAUAUGUCUGAGAUACACAAUGAGGGCUGCCAGCAUGUAUUCAGUGUCCCAAAUGAUCGUUAAAAACUGCAGCGCUUGACUUAUCGAUGUUGUUUUAGAUGAAAGGAAUAUCAAAUCUCUAGUCUCAUUAACAAUAGGGAAAACUUAUCUUCUGGCUAAAAUGGUAUAUAAUAAUAGGUACAGUUUUUUCUCUUUAAACAUACGCAACAUUUUGGAAUUUUAGUGGGGAUUGUUGUGGUAAAGGUUAUAUCCGUUAUUGGUUUAGACUCUACAGGUUAGAGUUAGGUUUAGGGUUAGGUGUCUGUAUUUUCUGAAGAAACAAUAAGUUUUCUUCUAGUGGUUAAGAUCACAGUAAAGGAAAAGUUCCUGUGCGACACAUUGAACGUUUACGAGUACAACUGCCGUCACUUUUAGUUUAAGGUUUGUUACUCAAUAUUUUUCACAAAAUGUUUUAUUAUAUUUUAUUGCCGUCGUCAAUCCAUUCUCACUGAAGGAAAAAGAUUUCCGAUACUCAAAACAGUUAGUAAUGUUUUAGAAAUGGAACAUAUUAAUGUUACAAAAAUCCUUCUUGGAUUUCUAGCUAAUAAAGUACCAAAGGGCAUAUUAUACGAUGGUACUGCGUUUGAACUGAUCGGCUUUUUUGCAGUUUUCACCCUCAGACUUAAACAAAAUAUUUUUUAAGAAACUUCGUUAAGUUUAUGGUUCAAUUUUUGAUUUAAUAUUUGCCGUGUCUUGAAGGUAUCUAGUCUAAGUACAUUUUUUUCAGCUCAAUCUUAACAGGUUGAUUUUGUUGUAAACGCAGUAAGCACAAGCUAAAAACAGGCCAGUCGCAAACGAACGAUAACAGAUUUCACUUGAUAUCUUCCUAAAUUAUUGCAUUAUACCUUUGCGAACUGACAAUAAACAGAGAAACAAGGGAUUUGAAAAUAAGCCAAGGCAUUUCCCCAAACACGAGCUUAUCAGAGAUCAAUAAGUGUACGCACGGGAUUUUGCAGCGGGAUUUUCUCUCUCUCAGUUGUCACAAAGUUUUCAAUAAAACAUUCUUGAAGACGUGUCACCUGAGCUGUUGCGUGUGACAUGAUAACAGACAGUCACGAAAUUAAAGAUCUCUGUGAGGCAAGAGUGAUUACUUCGUUGUUAAAUACUUUAAAACGUAUCGAGAAUAAGAACGAAGGUGACUAUUUUGCUGCGUUUUAUUGUAUUAAAAGUGCUAAGCUUUGUUUAAAUCAAUUGCCCUCAGCUACCUUAGGUGGCCGUGUUUGUUGUGCCCCUUUUUCCAGUGACCCAUCGCCAUGGUAUCGUUAUUGACAAUCCUAACAUAACAUAACAUAUAACAUAAAACUUUAUUUAAACUCGAAUUUUAGAGUAGCUAACAAGCUAAUAUCUUCGAGCUGACACUACAUAAAAACUAUAUAGAAAAUAUAUAUAUACAUUAAAUGCAAGGAAAGAAAAUAUCAUUUACAAUUCACAAUUUUAAGUUUAAGUAUGUCAGGCAAAAACAAUCUACAUGAAGGUAACAUCCUGUAUUUUAGUCUUAAAGUCUGCAAAAAAACUGGUACGAAAAAAGUCCGGCAGUGCAUUCCACUGCUUAGCUGAAAAGUAAGAAAAGGAGUUAAGACCAUAGGUAGUUGUUUUAGGUUUACUUAGGGAAAGAAUGUAGUUGCCACGAAGAUCAUAGGAAGAGGACCAGAGUGAAAACAUAUUCUUCAUAUAAGUAGGAAAAUGAGUGAAAAACAAACUCUUAUAUAACAGAAUGAGGAAAUUUUGAAUCCUGAUUUUCAAAGGAGAACCCUUCGGAAUGCAGUUUACAAAAAUAGUUGGUAAACAGUGUCCUUGAUAAAUAUUAAAAAAACGCUCUUUUUACAAUAUCGGGAGAAAAACAGUAAAAGCACCAGUAGGAGUUCCCUGGUUCCAGAGAUCCGUUCUCGAAGUCGAACUUUUAGGAAUGAGGAGAGGAAAAAAACCUUUGCCACCUAAGGUGGGUACAGUAGGACAGGAAAGCACUGAGUGUUCAUCUUUAAGUUACUUGACUUCUCUUAUGAGUAUGGAUAGGAUCAAAAUUCGUGUAGGUAUUUCUUAUCUUGUCGGGAGGCAUCGAACACACGCAUGGUGCUCUUAUACUUCUAAACAUCACGAUCUUGUUAUGUCUCUUCUACAACAAUGUCUUUCUAGUCUUUUCUUUUAAUAUCACUGCGUGCACUAAAUGACGCUCUUUAGAAUGAUGCAUAAUUAGUCUUGAGAAUCCUUUCCUAGUCUCAAUUCACUGUUUAUAAACUGAAAGAUAAAAAUCUCACGAAAACCGUAGAGUUUAUUAACAGUUUGCGUGAGCUGAAAAUCUGAGCCCCGACUUGGUUACACUGAGUCAAGAGCCGAUAAAUGAAUGACGUCAUCCUCGAGUGUGACUCGCACGUUAUGUGGUUGCACUUUACGCAGCCUAAGGUCUUCAAAUGAAGUUUCAAUAUGUGGAAGCUGCUUCUUUCCAGUGGUGGUUCAUUAAAUGAAUCCUCUCUCCGCUCAAGAGUAGAUUGUUUGUGUAGCGUUGCUUUUCUGUAAGAGCAGGAACACAUAAACGCUAAAGCGAGCACGAUUUUUGAAGGUAAUUGUUUCAUGGAAUUGUCUUAAACAAGUAUUUUUAAAAUCCAUUUUUGUUUUGACAGUAUACACUGCAGCGUAAAUCUUACAACUAUAUCUUUAUUUGACUCAGCAGUUAUCCAGCUUCUGAAGAUAGAACAGCUGUGUAUGAGAACUUCCGAUAGUCUACUUACGGUCUUACCGCAGACUGAUUAACUUUCGAUUCAAAGUCCUUAUAAAAUAAACACAUUGAGAUAAAUUUUUCCUCAUGAAUAGUCCUGGGUGGACGGGAAUAACUGAAAGAUAUAGAUAACUAAAUCCAUAUGCUAAUAAUUAGUGAAGAAACAAGCAAGGAUAAUUUGCGUUUCUUAAUCUUUAACAGGUUACCAGAAUUGACUAAAAAUGUCUCCCAAACUGCUCUCCUACAAAGUUCAACAUCAUUCAGCAUAAUAAAGUUCUAUAAUUAAGUCCCAUAGUAAAGUUCAAUAAUAAAGUCCUAUCAUAAAGUUCCAUGAAAAGACCCAAUGCAUCAAACAGUUGUCGUUAAUGACGUGUACCUGAGAAAUCAAGGGUCGUUAAAUUUUUUGGUUUCAUUUCUCUCAGUUAUUUAGAAUUCACCUGUUUCCAAUAUAAGUACCACCUUACAUGAUUUAAAGUUAAACAUUUCGCCAUUUACCCAUUUUCAGUAAGAAAACUGCCAUAUUUAUUUAAUAGUCAAUUUUAACACAUCUGGUAGAUUUUAACUGCAUGAAUUUUAGCUUUAACAAAUUCGAAAGCGACCUUAAAUGACGACAAAGUGAGUUCAAAAGAAAGCGAUUUCCUCUGUUUUAAUUUUUUUUUAACUGAACAAUACAAGACGUAAAAUAUGUCAUUUUAGUUGUAAACAAAUCCUGUGAAAUAAAGGUGCAAAGAUUCUAUUCGACACCUUUAUAACAGUUUUAAGGGGCGUUAAUCGAGGGGUAAUGGGUUUAUUUCCUCUAAUUUUGUUGAUUGCUGUUCUCGACGUUAGAAUGGGCCAUGCUGAUUUCAUCGUAAUAUAUCGCCAAAUUAUGUAAAAUCCGUGAUGUUGUACUCUAACUUUGAAAAACAUCAUAGCUGAAAAAAUUCUUUUAAAAUCAAUCACUUUUUGAUUAACAAGUUUCAUGCACUUCAAAGCAGGAAGAAAAUAAAGGAAACCUUCGAUAAGCAGAUUUAUUAUCUACGUAGCAUAUGUCCCAAAUAUGGAAGGUAUUAGGGAGGGCGCUGAGAAAGUUCGUCGUCUGUUAUCUCAGCUUCGACGCUUACACUUUCAUGCCUUUAAGCUACUUUAAUUGGAUCCAGAAAAAAGGAAGAAACCUAAAAGUUACUUCGCCAAGUAUCGAGAAACGAAGAGAACCUGCCUUAUAAGUUGCUCAUCGGGAGAUUUCAUCGACUGUUUGAUUACAACACCCUUGCAAAUGGGUUUUCAUUUGCAAUUUAUCAUCCACUUGAACGGAAUUUCUGGCCAUAGUCGUCGAAUUAGAAAUCAUAGGUCACAUUAAACAAAUGAAGCUUUGAAUUGCUACUUUCGAACCGCAGCUCCACGGGCGCAGAAUUUAGGAUAGGAGUCAUUUACACUAGUACCUAUGUAAUCCUCCUCUAUUGUGCGUUUGUGCCUCCUCUGUUGGUCUCUAUUCAAUGCACUACUUAAAUCCAAAUAUUUUCUUCAGAAAACUGUCCUUGGAAAAUGCCUUUUGUUCCCGAAUCGAAAGCAGAAAACGUAGAAGCAAUACUUAACGUUUAUAAUGUUUUCAGCCCAGCUGAGACUUGGUGAAAUCACAUUGACUUGUCAUAAUUCCUACGCUCCUGGUGGUCUUCUGAAGCGUAGAGAUAACAACAGAGAUUAUUGACAUAACUUAUAAAUGCCAAUUAACAGAAACUGAGAAUGCCGAACAACAUCGAGAGCCUGAUCGAGAGCAUAUAAAGUUGACAAUUUGCUACAAGGGCUGGCUCCAGAUGCCCUGUAAGGUUUAAGAAAUUUUUUCGCUCUAAUUAAGAUCCUUGAAAAAUUCUAGGGUGAUGCUAUUGAAUAGACCCCAAGACUACAGAGAAUGCCUCUUCUGUGGUACAGAUCCGUUAAGAUAGAUUUUCUGACUGACCUAAUUGACCAUAAAGGUAGAAAUUGAUUCGCAGUAGACCGCGAAAACAUAGGCACAAACAAAGGAUACCUUAAAUUCCGAGGCAAGUCUAUCUCUAAUUUUUGAGUUUAAGCCCUUGUACUUAAAUCCCCGUUUAAAGAGCUUUCUGGGCAAAUUUGUCAUCAGUUUUCAACCAAGCCUAACGUUUAUUGACAGCAUAGUUUUAGAGGGAAGUUGGGGCCAAUUUUACCUAAUAUUUUAUUCCUUCAUAUCCAAUGCCGUUGAAAGUGAAGCUCAAAGCUUCUAGGCAAUCUGUUAGAGGUUCUUUUCCUUGCUUUUCUUUUCUGUCCCUCAGAAUUCCGAAGAGCCAUCGUUUCUUCUACAACAAGCAUUACAAAUUGAAUUAUGUUAUUGCGUAAUUAUAGUAUUAUUUACAAACGGAACCGUUACAGUUCUAAGUAACUGGAAAUUUCUACACGGUACGCGGUGAAUCAUUAAAAAGCGCAGUAAGCAAAACUAUCGUUCCCAGCGUCUCCUCUUUUUCUAGAGGAAGAAAGAUACUGGGAACGACUUUGAUACAUUAGACGAACUGUGAUCACAUUUACGGAAUGGUUACCAUUAGCUUGUUUUUUGAUGGAGAGUAGCGUGUGCCAAACGCUCCAGCCAAUCAAUUGAAAGCAAGCAAUUGCCACCAGACUGAAACAAAAUCACUUCAUGUCCUCAAGCUUGACACUGUGUGCAAUUUGUUUCCCCGUUUUGAUGAAAAAAAAAAACGGUGAAACUAUGUGGCUAUUAUUUCCUAAUUAUCUUCUGAAUGGUUAUUUUCGCUUUAAUUUUAGGCUGUCCGAGAAAAAAUGGAGACUAUUUGCCGAUGCCACGGCGUGUCUGGUUCUUGCGAAACAAAGACAUGUUUCCGACGUCUUAAGGAGUUCAAAGAUGUAGCCACCCUUUUGAAGAGGAGGUAUGACCGAAUCAUCAACGUGAUCACUAAAAACAAGGGCAGCAGUAAGAAAAUGCUUAAGCCGAGGAGAAAAGUGCCAUACACUCGAAAUGAUCUCAUCUUCUUGGAUCCUUCUCCCAACUACUGCAAACGUAGUCUUUCCCGAGGGACUCUCGGGACAGCGGGUCGGGAGUGUAACCCAAAGACAACUGGAAAGGGUAGUUGCUUGUAUCUUUGUUGUGGGCGUGGUCAUACAACCAAAGUGCUUCAAAUCGAGGAGCGCUGUGAGUGCAAGUAUUACUGGUGUUGCUACGUGAAAUGUAAAAAAUGCUCUAAGACGAUUCAGGUUAGUAGGUGCAACUAAAACUGAACUCAGAGAGACAACAGUAAUAAAUGCAACGACUGAACAUUUGGUGCGGGUGGAUCAGUCAACGAUGAAUAGUUUAGUGCCUACAACUGAAGAACUUACAAGGCAAUUCGUGAAAUGACUGGGAAAAAGUCAGGAAACUGUUCAAUCAUUGCAGCUAUAGUUUUCUUGCAACACCUUUCGGUAUCUUCGAUACUGUUUUUAACACAUCGUUUCUGCAUUCAUUCCCGCAAUUAAUUGUAAAUAAGCAAGUCAUUCCUGAAAAGCUGUGCCACUGGAAAACAAAUGGAAACAUUUAAAUAAUCUCUGCAAGGAAUAAGGACAUGCCAAGAAAAAAAUUCAUAACACUAUGGAGAAAGAACUAUACGACGGUGCGCAGGCACACCAAGAACAAGAAGUUUCUUUCAGAGAAGGAAACGAUAAAUAUGUGCAUAUGCCCACCCCGUUAAGGUCACUAGCAUUGGCUUCACCACAAUAGGCAUAACGAUGAUGAAAGAGUAUAUAUAUGAAUGACUGUAAAUGCACAUGAGUACAACUCAACUAGUAGAGAUCUCAGUCUAACAGGUAAACUACAGGCAACUUAGCCUGAGAAAGCAGCGGACAUCGCAAAAUGACGUACGAGCGCAUAAUUUCCAUACUGAUGACGCGACAUCAGAUCUGGGUAAUGCUUGGUUGAAAAUUUGUUGCAACCAAUCAGAAGCAUUACCCAGAUUUUGGUAGUGACACGUAAUCAGCAUGGAAUUCUGCGCUCCUUUCUCAGACGUCAUUUCGCGAGGAAACAAGUGGUGGCGUCGCAAAAUGACGUCUGUUUACUCAGGCUACAAGCAACUCCAUUCAUGAAAUUCUGUUUUACUCAGAUCCAUAUCAGGAUAGUGCUACUGUGACGCUCAUUAGAACAUUAAUGAGACUAAUGUAGGAGUGUUUUGGGCUUUUUAAAGCUCCAAUAAAAUUGAGGUCAAAAAGAUAUGAAAUCUUCACUGCCAUAGAUACAGGAUGACAACGGUUUUUAAUAUAAUUUCUCAGGACACAACGCGUUGCAAAAGCCCAAAGGCAAAUAUAAGGGAGAUUGUGAUCGGUCCAAUGUGCCUGCGUAUACGAAGCUUUAACACCAACCUCGUAACCAGAGUUUGCAUUACCCUUGUCCAGUGGAGCGUCAUUGCCCGUUCCGCUGGACAAGGGUGACGAGGGGGACUCUGGAAACGCGAUUGCGUGGACACAAAUUGUAUGAGGACUACCGAAAUGAUAAUACCAAAAUUAGUGAUACAGUAAUAGCCCGCGUAUAAGAACCUAAAUUUUUCAAUUUAGCCUAAAUAGGUUCUUAUAUAAAUGGUACUUAAAGCAAAUUUAGGCUACCAAGGUUCUUAAAAUAGGUUCUUUUAUUUUCAUAUGAAUUUCAUCUGAAUAUACUAUAUAUAUUAUAAAUAUCAUCUCAUAAUACAGUAUAAAUCAUUUAUUUGUACCAUAGAGCAAUGCCUAUAGGCAGUUCAGUGCAGGUACAGCAUAUGUCCCUAACAAAACAUAACAAAGAAACUCAUGUUGAUACCAAAUUCAAGCUCAAGCAAUGAGGAGAAAUGAAAAACAAAAUAGAUGAUGAUCUUAAUCCAGCAGUUUCUACCUGUACACUUUUACAGCAACCCCACUGAUAAGAACCUAAUUUAAAAUUUUAGCUUAAAUAGGUUCUUAUGUGGAGGGGGCUUAAAAUGAAAAUCUUAGCCUAACAGGUUCUUAAAACCCAGGUUCUUAUACGCGGGCUAUUACUGUAGUAUCUUUAAAGAGAAAAAGAGAAGCAACACCUGUACUCCCUGUUAUUUUGGAAUCCCCCCUCUCCUCCAGGACGCUCUAUAUCAAGUACCAUAGUUAUCAUUUCUUUUAGUCAUGGUUUAAAAUUUUUACCAAAACAUUUUUAAUUUUUGUGCACUGCGGUAGAAUACCAUUUUACGAACUCCACCCCAUAACUUCUUCAUUUGCACUUUCAAUUAUAAUUCCUCCUCUCCGCUCCGUUUUUACUCGUUUCUCUUUUUCUGAGAGUUUUGUUUGAAGCACAUGUGUAACAAAGUCUAUCAGUCUUUUUGUGUGAUUAAUCUUCAGGUUAAUGGUUAGGGACUUGUGUGCUUCGUGAAGAAACAUCGAGAGUUAUACAAUCUUAGAAAGUUAUC